GGUCAUUCCGGAACUGUCAAAUUCGUUACCACGUGGGAUUUUUUCGGAUUUUCCUAGCAAAAGUUUAUGUUUAUUUGUUGAAGAAUUUUCUCCAAAAAAAUGACUACAAUUAGUGCGGAGAAGCGUAAAAAUGAUUCGGGAGAAGAAUCCCAAAGUAAGAAGAUUAAGCAGGUAUCAAAGUUUAGUGGAAAAUUUGAAAAAAGACCUUUCAAAGAUGCAAAAACAAGGUUGCCGGGAAAGCCGGGAAAGUUUCAUGGUAAAGGAGAGAGGAAGUUCUCUGCUGAUAAGGGUUUUGUCAAUAAAACUUCAGGACAAGAUAAACAGGAUUGGAAAGCAUAUAAGCAGCAAAAGAAAGAACUACGUAUUAAACGGAAGGAAAAGCAAAAAACCAAGGAUCUCAUGGAUGUAAUGAAUGAAGCUAAGCAAAUCUACGAGAAGUUGAAAUGUAAAACUACCAAGGGAAGAGUGGAGAUGGCUACGAAACUUCACAAUCUCCUCAAGGGUGAUGAUAAGUACAGCAAAAUGGUUUUAAGUCACGAUACAGCUCGUGUUGUCCAGUGCCUUCUAAAAGUAGCUCCGGCAGCAAUUCGGUCAGAGAUUUUUGAGAAGCUCUCAGGGAGCUUACCAUCAAUGGCAAUGUCUAAAUACGCCCAUUUUUGUGUCUUGGCAAUGCUUAAGCAUGGAUCAGCAGAGACACGUGAGCGUUUAAUUGAAGCUCUGUAUGGGAACUACGUAAAGCUCUGUACUCACUCCUUUGGCCACAUCAUUGUCGAUUCCAUUUACAUGACUUGGGCCACUGCUCAGCAGAAAUCGUCAAUGCGACAGGAAUUUUACAGUGAAUUGUACAGAAGAGAUAAGGAUUCCAAAGUGAAAUGUCUGGUGGAUACAUUUAAAGAUGCUCCACACAUGAAAAACGUUGUUCUAGGAACUCUUAAGCAGCACAUUGUGAAGGCUGUUAACAAGAAACUUGUGGACAAUAGUUUGUUCCAUGGAAUUCUUGUGGAAUAUCUGAUGGAGUGUUCAGAGGAGGAUAAACUGGAAAUGGCUAUUGCUUUUAGUGGUCUCUUGGCAUCACUCGCAAGUACACGGGAAGGUACCAGAGCAGCCACUUUGUGUUUUUGGUAUGGGACAGCCAAAGAACGUCGUUCGGCACUGAAGCACCUUAAGGAACAUGUGGAGAAAAUCUGUGUUCAUGAAUUUGGGUAUUAUCUGAUCUUGGCUAUUCUGCACACCAUCGAUGAUACCAAGAUGCUGAAGAAGACCCUUUUGGAUACAAUUGUGAAUAAAGUUGAGGCAGUUGUUCAGCACGAAGGUGGCCGGAAGAUUGUUGAAUGGAUGAUACAGCCAGGAGAUACCAACAAUUUUCAUCCAUCGAUAACGGCUACACUCAACGAAGGUCUCAAGUACUCCAAGAAAGAUGUGGCUGUUCGUCAGACGGAAAUUCUGGAGGCUUGCCAUAGAGAUCUAGUAAAUGCAGUGGCGGCUAAUGCGAAUUUUUGGCUAUCAAAUGGUCAUAUUGCACGAACAACGGCCACUAUUUUGUUGGCCAGAGAGAAUGAAAAAACCCCUGAGGCUUUUCAGAGCUUGGUGAAAGUCAUUAGCAAUCCCAACUGGACACUAGCCCCACUGGAAAAGGCACAAACAGAGGAAAAUGAGGAAUCAGAUGAAGAGAAGCCAAAAAAGAAGAAAUUUAAGAAGGUAAAGAAUCCUUUAGUGAAACAUCAGGUGCUGGAAAUGGCAGAGGAAUGUCCUGUGAUUGGAGUGGAGGAUGCUGGGCUUCACAUUGUGCUGAAAAAAUUGAUCAAGAAUCCAAAUUUUUCCUCAAUUCUUGUAGAAAAUUUGGCAGAGGUUACGUUGGUGAAGUGGCUGCCCAUCAACAGAGCAUGUUUUUUACUGGCUGAUCUCCUGAAGAGCGCCACAGAUUCAGACAAAUUGAGAGAAAUAUUGAGAGAACGCCGGGAUCUGAUUAAAAGUCAAAAAUCCUCUGGAGCGAGUGUAUUGUUAGAGAAAAUUCAAUAAAGUUUUUCUUUUUUAAUGCGA